GUCUCCGGCCCCGCUGAGUCCCGGAUGGUCCCUUGCGUCGCUCGCCUUUUGCCAGCGCCCGGCAGAGCCGGGCCAACAGUCUCCACUUCCAGCUCGCCAUGGCCUGGGUGGUGGCGAGGCUGGCUUGGCGUUGCCCGCCGAGGUACGCCGGGAGUCCUCUGCAGGUCAGUAGCUUCCUGGUACAGCAGAUGCAUAUGAGCCAAACAGCAAUGAGAGCCAGUCACAAGGACUUUGAGACUGCAGUGAACCAGAUGAAACUCUUGAAGAAAGACCCAGGAAAUGAAAUGAAACUAAAACUCUAUGCAUUAUAUAAGCAGGCCACUGAAGGACCUUGUAAUAUGCCCAAACCAGGUGUGCUUGACUUGAUCAGUAAGGCCAAAUGGGACUCAUGGAAUGCCCUUGGCAGCCUGCCCAAGGAAACUGCCAGGCAGAACUAUGUGGAGUUGGUGUCCAGUUUGAGUUCAUCUGAAUCCUCUAGCCAAGGGAAGCCUGGUGCAGACAGUAAACAGCCUGGAUAUGAAACCUUAGUGGUGACCUCAGAAGACGGCAUCACAAAGAUCAUGUUAAACCGUCCCACCAAAAAAAAUGCCAUCACCACUCAGAUGUAUCAGGAUAUUGUGCUUGCGCUUGAAGCAGCAGGCAAGGAUGACUCAACCAUAACUGUGUUAACAGGAAAUGGUGACUAUUAUUGUAGUGGGAAUGAUCUGAACAACUUCACUGAUAUUCCCCCUGGUGGUAUAGAAGAGCAAGCCAAAAAUAAUGCCAUUUUACUAAGGAAUUUUGUAGGCUGUUUUAUAGAUUUCCCUAAGCCUCUGGUUGCAGCGGUAAAUGGCCCAGCCGUGGGAAUCUCCGUCACCCUCCUUGGGCUGUUUGAUAUUGUGUAUGCUUCCGACAGGGCAACAUUUCAUACUCCAUUUACUCACCUGGGCCAGAGUCCGGAAGGAUGCUCCUCUUACACGUUUCCAAAGAUAAUGGGCCCAGCCAAGGCAGCUGAGAUGCUCAUUUUUGGGAAGAAGUUAACAGCAAGAGAAGCCUGUGCUCAAGGACUAGUUACUGAAGUUUUUCCCGAUAGCACUUUUCAGAAAGAAGUUUGGACAAGGCUAAAAGCAUAUUCAAAGCUUCCCCCAAAUGCCAUGAGAACUUCAAAGCAGCUUAUCAGAAACGUGGAGAGAGAAAAGCUACAUGCUACUAAUUCUGAAGAAAUCAGCGCCCUCCAAGGCAGAUGGCGGUCAGAGGAAUGCACAAAUGCGGUCAUGAACUUCUUAUCUAGAAAAGUAAAACUGUGAUGACUGUUAAAACCAAGUCAAGUAUAUCAAAGGCAGGGAGUGAUAUCACUUCUGAUUUCUAAUACUUCAACUAAAUAAACUUCCAUUGUGCCUUUUUUCACUGCUAAUAUAUUUCUUAUGACAAUUAUAUUUAACUAGAGCCCUGAUGGGGAAAAUAAUUAUGUAGACCAAGCUUUAAGGGUGUACAUAGCAGUCUUACAUCUUUUGACAUGAAUCGCUGCUGCCAGAAACAAUGAAAUGGUGUGCCUGGGCUCCUGCUUUGAAAAGCAUUCACAGCAUUGCACGCAGAGGUCAUAUCUUUAAACACCACGGUAGCACUUUGUCGUCCACAAAGGGUGAAUGACUGGAUGGGGCCGAACAUGGACAGCCUCUGGAUGACUGACUGGAGAUCUUCUAAGGGCUGCAGGUUCUUCUUCAGCCAUCUAGCAAGGGAGCAAAUGUGGGAGUUAUAUUACUAGGUAAUAAAUAAGGAUCUUAGUUUAAUUUUUUUCCAUAAUUUAAUAAAAAGGUAUGAAGAAAGAAUUGGGUCAUUUCAUUAGAAAGCAAGAAUAACUGCCGUAACUAUUUCCUUAUUUUUUAUAAAGUCUUCCUUCUUGUAUAAUGUGAUAUCUUGUAAAAGGCAUACCUGUACUGCCCCACGGAGAAAGAUGUGGCAGUCUGCUUCUGUAAAGAUUACAGCCUUGGAAACGCUAUGGGGCAAUUCGACUGUCCUGUAGGGUUGUUAUGAGUUGGGAUUAACUCGACAGCAAUGGGUUUAGUUUUGAUAAAUUCCAUAGGUAUCAAUUGACUAAUCACUUUUUUCCAUAUGUAUCAAUUGAUCUAUAUGUAUCAAUUACACUGAGGAUAUAAUUAAAAGGCUAUAAAAUUUACAAAGAA